CUCGAGGCGGCAGCAGACUUUUUCAGUCCGUCUAACUAGUCGCAGAGAUGUCCGAUGCGACAGAUCGCGAUAACUGUGAUAAACUCAGAGAAUUUCAAUUAGUGCAAGUUAAUGGAACAUGGAACAAAGUGUAAGUGAACAGGCUGGCCACCAUGGACUUCUGUCACCUGCUAAAAUCUAUGAGAAGUCCACGGCUCACGGUGUGUGUUGGACCGUGGUGAGUCCCGUCGUGUUCACCUACAGGAUCGUCCAGUGCAGCAACCUCCUGGACGCACAUAACGACACCCUGCUGUUUGGGCACACAGACCACAGGGAAGACCUGCUGUUUGGGCACACAGACCACCGUGGAGAUCCGCAGAGUGCCAGCAAGCCCGUGAAGCGCUUCAUCGUCAUAGACGAGGUCGUCCAUGCGCUCUACGGGAAUAGGAUCUCGGAAUAUAUGAAGGCCAGGAAUGUCGUCUACAAGAUGCUGCCUUUGCCCACUACGGAGGAGAACAAGUCCAUGGAGCUGGUGACCACCAUCCUGGAGGAAGUUCACCAGUUUGGGAUUGACCGGCGGUCCGAACCCAUCCUGGCCAUCGGGGGAGGAGUGUGUCUGGACAUCGUGGGAUUGGCGGCCUCGCUCUAUCGCAGGAGGACUCCCUACAUCCGCGUCCCGACCACGUUGCUGGCGUAUGUUGAUGCCAGUGUCGGGGCAAAGAACGGGGUCAACUUUGCCAACUGUAAAAACAAGCUGGGGAGCUACAUCCCGCCUGUGGCCACGUUCCUGGACCGCUCUUUCCUGGCGACCGUUCCACGCCGACACAUCGCCAACGGACUGGCUGAGAUGCUGAAGAUGGCUCUGAUGAAACACAAAGGCCUGUUUGAGCUUCUGGAGGCUGAGGGACAGAAUCUUCUGGAUUCCAAGUUCCAAACCCGUGAGGGGACAGAUGAGACGGACCAGUCACCUGCUGCUUCAGCAUCCUCUAGGAUCGCCAUAGAGACCAUGCUGGAGGAACUGGCCCCAAACCUGUGGGAGGAUGACCUGGACCGCCUGGUGGACUUUGGACACCUCGUCAGCCCUGAGCUGGAGAUGGAGGUGCUGCCUGCGCUGCUUCACGGGGAGGCGGUUGCCGUGGAGAUGUCCCUGAUGGUGUACGUGGCGUGUGGGCGGGGCCUGUUGCCCGCGGCGCUGCGGGACCGUGUGGUGCGCUGCAUGCGGUCGCUGGAGCUGCCCGUGUGGCACCCGCUCUGCAGCCUGGCGCUGGCGAGGAGAGCUCUGGGCGAACGCCUGCGCCACUCCGGGGGACGCCUCAGGAUGCCCCUGCCCACCGCACUGGGACGAGCAGAAAUCUUUAAUGACAUCAGCGAUGACACAUUGUGUCAGGCAUUCCAAGAAUGGAGUGUGGACCUCGGAACAGGACACCUUCCCACGUGAAAAGCGGAGCCAAAGAUCCGAUUUAACCCUCUCUGGCUGCGCUGUGUUGCAGACAAACGUGAACAUGUAUUGUACAAGUGGUUGAGUGCUUUGCCAUUCCUGAAAAUAAACAUGGGAAUUAACAAA